AGCACUUACCUACAAUGGUGGUGUGGUGUGGUGAUGAUGAUUCACACUUACCUACAAAAAAGUGAGAUGAGCAAUAAAACAUAUGAACAAGAAAAUGGCUUUGCUUGGAAAGCUUCUUCUUCUAACCACACUUGUAACAACAAUAUCAGUAAUCACCAGAGCCGAUGAAGAGCUGAUGAUGCAACAAUGUCACAACUCUGACAAUCCCACCUUGUGUCUUCGCUGUCUAAGCUCCGACCCCGCUUCUCCUAAAGCCGACAAAUUCGCACUGGCUCGCAUCAUCCUCAGAUGCAUCUACUCUCACCUCCUCACCCUAACCAAGAAUGCUUCCACUUUGGGCUCCCAGCACUACUACCGAAAUCCCAAAGCUGCAGCAGCGUUGAAGCAGUGCGGUUUGGGUUUUUCAACUGCUAAGCGUGGCGUGGGAGAGGCUGACGCUCACUUUUCAGUCGGAGAUUACGACAAGGCUGCGUAUGACGUCAGCGUGAAGGUGGUGGAUCCUGCGUUUUCAUGCAAAACCGAUCUCGAGACACUCAACAUCCAAGUGCCCUCAAGUUUCCGUUACCAUAUGGAGGUUUACUUGGCGUUAACUCAAGCUCUCCUCAGGAUCGUUGAUCGCUUCUAAAAUAGUUUAUGUUUCUCCAGCAAGUCAUUGUCUUAUCCUUAUAUUAUCAGAGUCUUUAAUUAUGUCUAGGCCUCAAAAUUAAAAUCCAAAUUUGCUUCUUCGUGUUAAGAAGCUAAAAACAAAGUAGCUGAUAUUUCUAUAUGGUUCUGUCUUUUUUUUUUCUUUAGCACUGAUAUAAGCUUCAUUAAUCCUA